CAGUGAUGGAAAACAGUACUUAUAUUUGCAAUGCAUUAUACAUGUGGAAGAGGGAAAAACCUCAUCUCUUACUUUGGUCAUUCUGUUCUAAUUAGCUGAAAAUUAAUAGUCACAAAUGAUUACAAUUUUAUAACAUUUGCCUAUGAUUCAUUCAGUAGUUAUUCCCCAGAACUUUCUUGGUGCUUUAUUACCAGUUUUAUGAAGGAGGAAAUUGGAAAACCUGUGAUGUGCUCAAGAUCACAUAGCAAGACAAUGGCCUUGUCAGUGACAUACCUUAGUAAGCUAUUCUCCAAACCUAUACCAAAUUGACUGGUUGAUUUCUUCAGACAUUAAUUUUUCUUCCUUAGGUCUAUAUAGAUUCUAGAAGUAGUUUGAUUUUUAUUUUAAAAUGAUGUCCAUUAUUUAUAAAUAAUGUAUUGGUGUGUAGUUUUCUGGUAUUUCCCCCCCAUCAAGCACAGUAGUUCAAAAGAAGAAAGGAAUUUUCUGGCACUUCGAGAACAAAUAAGCUCCACGAAAGCAGGGAUCUUGGUUUUGUUGUCCCAACUGCCUAAUAUCUGGCAUAGUUAGGUGUACAGUAAAUAUUUGAAUAAAAGUUUGCUGAAUUUAUCAUUUUUUAAUCUAGUAUUGUUUUGAAAUAUUUAAAUCUUUAAGAGUUAAGUUGGGAUGUAGGAAGAAUUUUUGUUCUUUGGAAAAAGAUUUUAGAAUGAGGAAAGGAGUUACUGUACACUUACCCAUUAGUUUGGUAAGAGAUAGUUUAACAAUUGGACAGCUAAUCACCAGUGCAGUGUAUACAGACCAUUGUGGAGGAGGAAAGUAUGAAGAAAAUUGCUGUUAAAGUAUAAACAAAUAAGCACAAAUUCAUAUUGUAAAGUAACUUGCUAAAUAUAAAGUUGAUCAGUUGUAAUGCAAAAUGUUUAAAAGAGCUGUAGUUUUAUUAGUUUGAAGUAAAUGUAAUAAGACUUAGGUUAAUAAAGGAUACAUGCUUUAAAAUUAAAUAGGUAAUUAUGUUUUAUGAGCAUGCCAAAGCAUAAGCCAAAACAAUUAGUUUUAGCCUAAAUCACAGUUACAUUGUUUAUGCAUAAAGUGCUUAGCUGUUUUUUUAUUAGUAAAUAUUUUUGCCUCUUAUGCUAUCACUUACUAGAAUGAUCACAAAUUAUAACAAUGGAUGAUCUGAGACUCUGAAUUUCAUUUAUAAUAGAAGCUAAUUGCUUAAGUAUUAGAGAGGAAGUGAAGGAGAGAUCAAUAUUUGAUAUGUAAGAAAAUGAAGGGAUAGAAUAAGACAGGCUGGGCAGUAGCCUCUGACUUGUUACUUCUGGUGUACUUUGAGCAAAUGGGGGUGAGAGCAGUGGAUCCCCAGCAAUCUCAGCCUGCCGCCCUGUGAUAAAGUUUCUGUUUUAUAGGUGGAGAUUGGUUGGAGAAAGGGAGCCUCUUAUCUCUUAGCGAUACUCACUGGGAAUGUAGCCUCUUUAACUUGGAGUUGGAGGGGAUGAGAAAUGUUGAUGACCUACCUUUUUCUGUGACAUACAGUAAACCUUGAUUAAGAGCUGUGAGGGAGCUCUGUUUUCUUGGCCACACCUACCUGGAAUGGAGCAUCUGUCAACCUGAGCUGGGGCAAGCCGACCUCAGAAAGUGUGUUUAUGUCCAUUUCUACCAAUGCAUCCUCUGCACAUCUCCACCCACUUGUACAUAAUUCAGCAUCCGGCAGAGGAAAGCAAAGUGUUGCGGACAGUUCCUCUAUUAGCAGCAUGCCUACCCCCGGACAAGUGUAAAGUCAAGAUUGGUCGUCGCUUUAGUGAAGAAAGAGAUCCUGAACUUUCAACUGUUUGUCAGAAGUCUGGUACAUUAAUAUUAUAUCCGGGGGCUGAAGCUGCUAAUUUGGAAGAAUUUAUAUUAGAUUCUCCCAUUUAUCCUUCCACAAUCAUCAUCAUCGAUGGUACAUGGAGCCAGGCUAAGGACAUUUUCUAUAAGAAUUCCUUGUUCCGACUGCCCAAACAGGUGCAGUUAAAAACUAGCAUUUCUAGUCAGUAUGUAAUUCGGACACAACCAACGAAUAGGUGCCUGUCUACGCUCGAGUGUGCAGCUGUUGCUCUUUCCAUCUUAGAGAAAAAUAAUUACAUACAAGAGACUUUGCUUCGACCUCUUCGAGCUUUAUGCUCUUUCCAGCUUCAGCAUGGUGCUCAAAUUCGCCUCAGCAAGGAACACCUUCUGAAAAAUGGAUUAUACCCUAAGCCGAUGCCAAAGAACAAACGCAAACUCAGGAAAAUGGAACUGUUAAUGAACAGUGUUAAAAUUUAGCACAGAUGUUCUUACGGUGCUAUUUAUGGUGUCUUCAGCUGACAGUGCCAGGUUAAGUUUUCAUACAACUUAAGACUGUGGGUUUUUUGGACUAUUUAAAGAAUGAGGGUUGCAUACUAAACUUGCCCAAAAGAAGGACGUAAAUCAGAUAGCCAUAAAAGCAAACAAACAAACAAAAUUACACUGACUCAGUAAAAAGCAAGAUUUUAUACUGUAUUUGCUUUUUAAAAUGUGCCUCUAAUACAUUUUUUCAAAUCCAUAAUUUGAAAUGAGAUUAGUUGUUGAGUUGGGUUAGACGUUCUUAUUUUGAAAUGAAAGGAAAUGGUUGUGCCUGAUGGGGACAGUAAUGUUUUCAUUAAUGUUUUAUUGGCUAGGUGAAGACCUAUAAUAGAUGAUACCUUCGUUAAUUUGCAAUAGUGUACACGAACUUUAUAGUUUGAAAUAAGUCACAAAAAAUAAUGAUAAUCAAGUAGUUUAGA